AUGUCGUCAAAAGACCCAUGGCUGACAAAAACGUUUCUUGCCUCGUUAUUCCUAGGCAUCGGCGGCUUUCUCUAUGGCUUUGACUCCGGAAUCAUCACGCCCAGUCUCGCUCUAGGGUCGUUCAACACGUACUUCAACAAACCCGACGCGCCUCUUCGUGGUGCCAUCGUAUCGGUUUACCAAGCCGGAGCAUGGCUGGGCAGCGCCUCGGUGGGGGUGACUAGCGACAGGUUUGGUAGGCGGAAGGCCAUCGCCUUCGGGUGCGCUUGGGGUGUGCUCGGAGGAGCGCUGAUGGCCGGGGCUGCACACGUUGCGAUGCUCAUCAUUGGCCGUCUAUUGAUCGGUUAUGCUGUUGGCACUAUCACUGGGGUUGCCCCCGUGUUUGGAGCUGAGAUUGCGAAGACGAACGAGCGCGCCAGAAAUACCGCAGUCAACCAGAUGAUGGUGGCCUGGGGAUUCUUCGUCGCCUUGUGGACUGGUGUAGGCGAAGGCAAAUGGGCGAACGCAAACCAAUGGCGGCUUGGGUUCGCGAUCCAGGCUAUCCCUGCCCUCAUCCUCGGCGUCGGUGUCCUCUUCAUUGGGGAGUCCCCGCGAUGGCUAUGUCUGAAGGGCCGUUACGAAGAAGCGGAGGUGUCCUUCCGCCGGUGGCACGACAACGGCUCGAACGACGACUGGUGCCGGACCGAGUUCGCCGUUAUCCAGACCAGCAUUGCCGAAGAGGUCCAAGCACAACACCGUCUUGGCUGGGCCGACCUCGUCCGCACACCCCCAUUCCGGAGACGCCUAUUCGUCGGGUCUUUUGUCUGGGCCGCCGCAAUGCUGUCUGGUAUCAGCUUCGUCCAGUACUUCCAGACAGCCAUCUACGCCACGCUGCAGUUUGACCAGGAUCAACAAUUGCUUGUUAGCGGGCUGUACGGAUGUGUUGCUCCCGUUGCCUGCAUUCUCUCACUCUUCUUUGUCGAUCGGAUCGGCCGCAAGAAGAUCCUGGUCACCAGUUCGGCGCUGCUGUCGGUGUUGUAUCUCAUCAUCACCAUCCUUGCCGCCUUGUACCCCGCGAUACCGGGCAUGCCGACGAACCAGGCCGCCCAGAAGGGCUUGAUUGCUUGCAUCUUCUUGGUGUCGGCCAAUUAUUCAGCCUUGCUGGGGCCGAUGACUUGGAUUAUCCCACCAGAGGUCUUCACAACGGAACUCCGCGCCAAAGCAAACGCUGUUGUCCAGGUGAUCCACUACUCCAUCAGCUUGAUCAUCACCCAGUGUUCCCCCAUCGCUCUUGAAAGGGUGGGAUGGAAGUAUUACAUUCUCUUUGUCCUCACCAACGCUCUCUGUGUGGUGGUCUUUGCGUUUGCCUACCCAGAGACAAGAGGCAAAUCACUUGAGCAAAUUGACGAGAUCUUCGGUGACAUCCAGAAGAAGCGUGACAUUGAGUUCAACUAUGAAAAGGAGGUGGCUGAGAAAGACGGGGUUUCGGUAACCGAAGGGCCGCGAUAAUACUAGGAUUUUGUAAUGCCGGCGUGCUCGGGCAAAUAGAUAUCGAGGAUAGAGCCUUGGGAACCACCACCAGUGUUGUUAGUUGGAUGGCUUAGCGUCGCUCGAUGAUAAUAAUGGAGCGUAAGCCAAGGUAGCUGGGAACUAAUUAGCUCCCUGGCGGGGAGGGGAAGUAUGGUUUACAAUAUCUCGA